AUGGCGGCGAGGGACCGCUUCGGUUCUUUUGCCGAUCCGUCGCUGACACCACUGCAACGAGCUAUACAUCAGGCUUGCGACCCGACGAACUACGAGCCAAAUCUUGCCCUCAACCUGGAAGUCGCAGAUCUGAUCAAUUCGAAGAAAGGCAACGCCCCUCGAGAGGCUGCGAUUGCGAUAGUCCAUCUCAUCAAUUCUCGGAAUCAGAAUGUUGCUCUUUUGGCUUUGGCGCUUCUUGAUAUAUGUGUGAAGAACUGCGGUUAUCCUUUCCAUCUCCAAAUAAGCACGAAAGAGUUUCUCAAUGAGUUGGUCCGACGGUUUCCUGAGCGGCCGCCUCUGCGCCCAUCGCGAGUACAGCAUCGAAUUCUGGAGUCGAUCGAGGAAUGGCGGCAGACAAUAUGUCAAACGUCGCGAUACAAGGAAGACUUAGGGUUUAUCAGGGACAUGCAUCGUCUCCUGCUUUAUAAAGGAUACAGCUUCCCGGAAGUGCGGCAUGAGGAUGCGGCUGUGUUGAACCCUACUGACUCACUCCGGUCGGCAGAGGAGAUGGAGGAGGAAGAGAAGGCGGCGCAAUCUGCAAAGCUUCAGGAGCUGAUUCGAAGAGGCACCCCGCAGGAUCUGCAGGAAGCAAACAGGUUGAUGAAAGUCAUGGCGGGCUAUGAUACAAGAAACAAAACCGAUUAUCGAGCCAAGGCUGCUGAAGAAGUUUCUUAUGUUCAACAAAAGGCCAAGAUUUUGGAGGAAAUGCUGCAGAGUAUCCAACCCGGCGACACUAUUGCUGCUGGAGAUGUAUUUGAGGAGCUCGCAAAUGCGCUGCAAAGUGCGCACCCAAAGAUUCAAAGGAUGUGCGAUGAAGAAUCAGAUGAUACGGAGGCAGUGGAGAAGCUUAAACAAAUCAAUGAUAGUAUCCAACGGACUAUCGAGAGGUACAAAUUGGUGAAGAACGGUGACUUGGAAGGUGCAUCUAGGAUACCUAAGGGAACAUUAGGGACGACAACUGGAGUGUCUAAGAAUGCCAACAACGAGCUUUCCUUGAUUGAUUUCGACCCCGAACCAAGCUCAAAUGGGGGCGACCAACCAGCGACUACCUCACUGGAAGACGACCUGCUUGGUCUCUCCUUUCAGGAUAAGGCUACCCCGGGUCCAGUCAAUCUAGGAUUUGAUACCCCGAUCUCGGCGGCGGCAACCAGUUCGACUUCCCAACCGCAGGAUGAGGGUGGUUUCCAGCGAAACUAUGAUAUACUUUCCUCACUUUCUGCGUCUCAGCCUGGUUCUCAGUCAUCGACCCCAGCGCCUCCGUUUACUCAAGCCAAGCGACCUUCUCCCACACCGGCUUCGGACCCAUUUGCAUCCUUGAUGUCGGCAAGUUCAAGGGCAUCGUCUCCUUCAGUUGCAUUAAACUACCAAGCACGGCCGUCGUCGCUAGUCGAUCUUGCAGGAGGAUCGCCACCUGUUGCGCCACUGGAACCAAGCCAUACUGUGGCGCUCGGAGCGGCCGAGGACGAAUGGAGCUUUACAUCUUCGCUACCAACAAGCUCAUUACCAACGACGAAUAAAGUACGGGUUCUCAAUUCGUCGCUUGUGAUUGAUCUGGAAGUUCGGCGGAAACCCGGCGAAUCUCAGACUAUUCAAGCCGUAGCUCUAUUUUCGAAUGCUAGUAAUCAGCCGUUGUCUGAACUACACUUUCAAGUUGCUGUUGAGCGAGCGUACACGCUACACCUUCAACCACAAUCUGGCCGGGACAUCUCGCCCCUCCAAUCCAUUGGAGUGAAACAGGAAAUGUUGAUUGAAAAUGUCGAACAAGGAAAAGGAGACUCUGUCAGAAUACGCUUUAAAGUGUCAUAUCGGGUCGGAGGGCAGGUUAAAGAAGAACAAGGCAUGGUGCCUUCGUUAGGAAUUUCAUGA